CCGUGACGUCUCAUUUAUGGGACAGUCGGCUGGCUGCGUCACUAGCGGUUGCCAUGGAAAUUUGUCAGAUUUGACAGGAGGCUUCGAGACUGGGUGUCGAUAAGCCAUCGAUAGGAGGAGGUGAUCGCUGUAUGUGAUAACCAUAGCCAUAUCUCACAUUUGAAGCUGCCUUUAUGAUGUCUAAGAACAAGAACAUUAGCAGUCUCCAUCUGUUGGAUCUGCCUUGGGAAGAUGUGCUGGUCCCUCAUAUCCUGUCCUAUUUACCAUUGCGACACAUCAUAACUCUGCAGAGGGUCAGCAAAGUGUUUCAGUCCUUAGUGCAGCUCUAUCUGGCCAACUGUCGUAGCUUUGACUCCACACAGCUUGGCUCGCAGUUACCGAAAAGCGCUUUUUGCAAUAUGCUAAAACACAAUUCGGUAUUACAAAGGCUUGACUUACGAAGCUGUUCUGAUUGGUUAACAGACAAAGAGCUCCUUCCUGUCAUUGGACAGAACCAUCAUCUUCUUCAUAUCAACCUUAACAGUUGCGUGCAGCUGAGCCGGCAGUCCCUGGUGGCCUUAUCAAUCAGCUGCCCUCACUUACAGAACAUUUGCCUCGGCCACUGUGAAUGGGUAGACUGCCUUUCCCUCCGCAGUCUGGCAGAUCACUGCAAACAUUUGGAGGCCGUGGAUCUGACAGCAUGUCGUCAGCUGAAGGAUGAUGCGGUAUGCUAUUUGGUGCAAAAGCGCAAAUGGAUGAAAUCUCUAUCGCUGGCUGUCAAUGCAAACAUCAGUGAUAUUGCUGUAGAAGAAACUGCUAAAAAUUGCCGAGAUCUAGAACAUCUUGAUUUAACAGGAUGUCUGCGGGUGAAGAAUGAAUCCAUUAGGAUCUUAGCCGAGUACUGUCCAAAACUGAAAUCCCUUAAAGUAAAGCACUGCCACAAUGUGACAGAGUCCAGCCUAGGAAUCCUGAGGAAGAGAGAUGUAACAUUAGACGUGGAGCCUCCAUUACAACGAGCGUUGGUUCUCUUGCAGGACGUUGUUGGAUUUGCACCGUUUAUUAACCUUCAAAUAUAGCAGUAUUUCCUGAGCCUGUUUAGAUGCCAUGAUCACAUUCUCUACCGCUGCCAAGAGGAAAGCAGUCAUGCCCCAUAACACUACCACACGGGCACGCUGCAGCCAGACUUUACAGCAGCUGUAAACAUUUUAAAAGGUGCUGUGAGGACGGAGGACAUUACUUUGUGUCUGGAGGCAGCCCGCUUUUACUGCCAUAAUUCAACAGGAGGUUGAUAGUGAUUAUUAGCACAUCAGGAUCUUUGAUUUGUUGACCUUUUUUUUACAGAGCGCAAAGCAGCAGACUGCCCCUCUGGUGACACUACGGAUGGGUUUAUUUAUUACUGCAGAACCAGAUAAGACAUAUUUAUAUUGUAUCAUCCAUUCUAGCUAACAUCAUGCUGUGACU